AUGUAUAUGCUUUAUGCUCUUCUGGGUUUGCUCUCCCUUAGUGAUGGUGUUGAGUUUAACUGCCCUGGAAGAUGUAGCUGCGAUUCAGGGCCAUCAGUGCAAUGCUACAGAUUAGCAGAGGUGCCUUCGAGUAUUCCUGUCAACACCAAGAAGCUUUACAUCAGCUACAGCAAAAUUCAAUACCUCCAGUUAUCGAAUUUCAUUCAAAUGUUGGCUCUAGAAGAUUUUAUUCUGCUGGCCAGUGGAACAGAGUCUGUCGAAAAGGACACAUUCAAAACUCUCCAUACUUUGAAGACCUUGGAACUCUGGAAAAAUAAGUUAAGACAGAUCCCCAGUUCUCUUCCAAGUAAUCUUGAAGUAUUAAAAUUAAAUGAUAAUUUAAUACAUGUCCUACACAAAUCCGAUUUUGAAGGACUGAAGAAAUUAAAAAUCCUUGAACUUAAAAACAACCUCCUCUCUGCCCUCUCAGCCAGUACACUCUCCUCUCUUAACACAUUGCAAAGUCUGAUGUUGGAUGGCAACAGUAUAGAGUCUGUGACUGGACCACUUAUCCUCCCCCAUUUGAAAACUAUCAGUUUAGAGAAUAAUAAACUACAUCUUAUACCAGCCAGCUUCUUGAGUUCCCUUCAGUCUUUGCAAUUUCUCAGUUUCAGUGGUAACUUUCUGACCAAAAUUCCUACCAGUCUGCCCAAAUCUUUGCUCUCUUUAAAGAUGGAGAGAAACCAGCUCAAAGUGGUAAAAUUUCGUGAUCUGAAACACUUGGAAAACCUUUCCCACCUUUAUUUGUCAGAAAACUCACUUUCUUCCAUUGAUGGAGCACAGCUUCUUGCCAACUUAACUACUCUUGAAUUGUCGCAAAACCAGCUUAAGACAUUGCCACUCAAAUUGCCAGCUAGGUUACAAAAACUUGAUAUCAGCAAUAAUCUGAUUCAGAAAGUUACAGCUCGAGACUUUCAAGACCUCCGAGACUUGAAACACUUAUUUCUAGACCAUAACAUUGUCAGUUUGUUCGAAGCCGGAGCCCUGCAGCGGUGUUCUCAGCUCUCCAACCUGGCUCUGGAACAGAACCUGCUGCUGUCUAUACCUCUGAGGCUCCCAGAGACCUUAGCCAGGCUGGAUCUAAAAGGCAAUGCCAUUCGGGACAUUGCUGAGAAGGAGCUUAAGGAUCUGAAGCAACUUCAGGUUCUAAAUCUCAGGAACAACAAGAUCUCUGCCUUAGACCUGAAAGUCCUGGAAGGGCUGCCACGCCUUAGACACCUGUAUCUGGAUGGAAACCCAUGGAACUGCACUUGCAAUCUCCUGAGGGCCAGGGAAAUCCUCAAGGCUAAAGGCACAGAUGUGAGGGGAGGACAAUGUGCAGCACCUGCUGAACAACAAGGUGAGAGCUGGAUGUCUUCCAAGAAGAUCAUGAGGCAAUGUGAGCAGCAUUUACAUCUGAUGGAGAAAAGCAAAGACACUAAAAAAAAAACCAAACCAGAAGAGCAGGCCACCAUCAGAAUCAACAUGGAUGAUGACUAUUACGAUUAUGAGUUAGAUUAA